AUGAUUUUCACAUCUCCCUGGGGUCCUUUGAAAAACUGGCCUAAGCGUAACGGCGCGCAGUACAUGGUUGAUAGCCCUUUCCGUGAGUCUCUGGACAGGCCGGCUUUCAUUGAUGCGCCAACUGGCGAGGUCAUUACGAUCAGAGAGCAGAGAACCGCUAUCAGGCGCUUGGCUGCUCGUUUCCAGGACGAGUAUGACUUGAAAAAGGAUGAUGUGGUUCUGCUGUUUGGUUUCAACACUAUUCACACCCACACCAUUCACAUGGCAACUCUCAGUGUGCUUGCGGUUGUUUCGCCUGCGAAUAUUAUGUACAACGCCAGUGAGCUUGCUCACCAAGCCAGCGUCGUUCAGCCGAAACUUGUCAUUGCUGCAGACAACAAGCUCGAUAUUGCUCGUGAAGCGAUAAGGCACGCCAAGAUCGACACCACGGUUGUCUCCUACUCUCAAAUGCAGAACGAGAUUCGCCAUCUCAUCCACAACCCCUCUGCUCGUGAGCAAGCACCGAUCGAUUGCGACGGCACUACCCAGCAUGCCUACUACUGCUUUUCUUCCGGCACAAGUGGUCUGCCCAAGGGUGUGAUCACCACACAUCUGAACAUUGCUUCCAAUAUCGGCCAGCAGGUCGAAACAAACUCUGGUAUGAUUCGUGAGUUGCAUGUGUUUGGUGCUGUUCUGCCUAUGAGCCACAUCUACGGUCUUAACAGUUUCGUUUGGCUUUCACAGUAUCGCCAAGUCACCUGCGUUGUGUUCCCUAGUUUCGACUUUGAGAUGUUGUUGCAGUCAAUUGUCAAAUAUCGCAUCUCUAUGUUGGCUCUGGUCCCCCCCAUCAUCCUGCUUUUUGCAAAGCAUCCUUUGGUCGCAAAGUACCCAGACAUCAAAAAGUACUUGAAAUUCGUCAAGUCCGGCGCUGCUCCUAUUUCCAGCUCAACAAUCGACUUGGCUAGUAGUCGGCUUGGUAACCUGGACAUUACCCAGGGUUACGGCUUAACCGAAACCUCUCCCGUCACUCAUACCACUGGCUGGGAUGAGAAGGGCUAUGACAACUCCACCGUCGGCUGGCUUGUGCCUAGCUGCGAGGCUCGCUUAGUUGACCCUGAUACUGGCAAGGAUGUGGGAUACAAUGAGCGUGGUGAGCUUUGGGUUCGUGGCCCCAACAUCAUGGCUGGCUAUCUCAAGGAUGAGAAGUCUACCAAGAACACCUUCUCUGACGAUGGUGAGUGGUUCAAGACAGGCGAUGUUGCUGUGGUUGACAAGAGUGGCCAGUUCCAGAUCGUCGACCGUAUCAAGGAGCUUAUCAAGUCCAAGGGCCACCAGGUUGCCCCUGCCGAGCUUGAGGCUAUUUUGCUUUCUCACCCCAAAGUCAGCGACGCCGCUGUUGUAGGUGUUCGUGAUGAGGACGGUGUCACUGAGCUCCCCCGUGCAUAUGCAGUUUUGCAUGCCGAUGCGAACCCUCGUGAUGUUUUGAGCUGGUUCAAUAAGAAGGUUUCCAAGCACAAGAGAUUCUGGGGCGGUAUGGUCGUUGUGGAUGCUAUUCCCAAGAGCCCGUCCGGCAAGAUCUUGCGUCGUUUCCUUCGUGACAAGAAGGAGGAGCCUAAGAACGUCAUUGGCAUGGAACUCGCUCGCCUCUAA